AUGCUCCUCCUCGGCCUCACAGGCUCAAUCGCAACUGGCAAAUCCACCGUCUCUUCCCUCCUCCGCGAACCGCCGUACUCCCUGCCCAUCAUCGACGCCGACCUCAUCGCCCGCCAGGUUGUCGAGCCCGGGACCCCAGGCUACAACGCCAUAGUAGACUACUUUCUGCCCACGACGCCAGAUCUACUCCUAGAUGCACCGGGCAAACCGUUGAACCGCCCCGCCCUCGGCCGCCGCGUCUUCGGCGCAGGGGAGGAGCGCGAGCGCGAUCGCAAGAAGCUCAACAGCAUCGUGCAUCCGGCUGUAAGGAGGCAGAUGUACAAGCAGAUGGUGUGGUCGUAUCUACGAGGGAGCUGGGCUGUUGUGCUGGACGUUCCGCUGCUGUUCGAGAGUGGUUGGGAAAGGUACUGCGGGACCAUUCUGGUUGUAGGAGUCUCUGACCCUGCGAUUCAGAUCCAGCGUCUGCGUGCAAGGGAUGCGCAUUUGACUGAAGAUGAUGCGAGGAAUAGAGUUAGCAGUCAGGGCGAUAUUAGAGAGAAGGCGGAGAGGUGUUUGAGGAGGGGAAAGGGUAAGGGUGUGGUGGUGUGGAACGAUGGGGGAAAGGAGGAACUAGAGAAGGAGGUACAGAGGGUGAUGGGCGAGAUUAGGGCGAAGAGUCCCGCGUGGUGGAGCUUUGUGCUGUGGGUGUGUCCGCCGGUUGCGGUAGUUGCGGCAGGAGUGAGCUGGUAUAGGAUGAGGGGCGUACAGUUGGCGUGGGAGGCGGAGAAGAGGAGAGAGAAGGCGAAGCUGUAA